GUGUGUUGCGCUCUGAGCAGGAAUGCUAUAGCAGGUCUAGACCUGAACUUCCGCAUUAAGUAGAAGGAAGUCAACAGUAAGAGGGCCAGAUGCAAUCCACAUCAGCAUACCCAAAUCUGCAUGCAUAUGACUGACUUUUGCUGUUGAGCUUUAUUGGAGAAUAACAUUUUUAAGGGGAACUGAUGUCUGUGAAGCGGCUACCUUGAAACUAACUGGUGAAACGAGGAUUAAAACAUUAGGAAAAAGAUGGACGACAUUGACGCAAUGUUCAGUGACCUGCUGGGGGAGAUGGACCUCCUCACACAGAGUCUCGGAGAGGAAACGGUACCGCCUGAAUCUCUCCCCGCCGCCAACCAGGAAGUCAACUUCUCCAUCGGCUUCACUGACUUGAAUGAGUCUCUCCUCGAACUCGAGGACAAUGAUUUGGAUGCGCUCAUGGCGGAUUUGGUGGCUGACCUCAGUGCGACUGAAGAGAAACUUGCGGCAGAGAUACAAGGUCUGAAGGCGCCAUCACCUCCCCCGGGAGACCUGCCACCACCACCUAAAGGCCUGAGCACCCACCCUGCCUCUCCCCACGCUUCAUCAGUGAGCAGCAGCGUUAGCACCCCGGCCUCCUCUGCCGCCUCCCCUUUACCACCUCCGCCUCCCCAGGCUGCAAAACCAACAAAGGAGGAACUCGACGCACAGAUGAAAGCUGACAAGAUAAAACUUGCUCUGGAGAAGCUGAAGGAGGCUAAAGUGAAAAAGUUGGUGGUGAAGGUGGUAAUGAACGACGGCAGUUCCAAAACUCUGAUGGUGGACGAGAGGCAGAACGUCAGGGAGGUUUUGGACAACCUGUUUGAGAAGACUCACUGCGACUGCAAUGUGAACUGGAGCCUGUGUGAGACCAACCCCGAACUGCAGCUCGAACGGACGUUUGAAGAUCACGAGAACCUUGUGGAGCCACUGUUGGCGUGGUUGAGGGACAGCGAGAACAAAGUCCUCUUCAAAGAGCGGGGACAAAAAUACGAGGUUUUCAAAAACCCACAGAACUUUUAUCUAUGGAAGAAGGAUAAGAAAGCUCUCAAAGAAAUAAAAGGCAAAGACAAGGAGAUUUUAAUACAGGAGAACUUCUGCGGGACUUCCAUCAUCGUGCCCGAUCUUGAGGGGGUGCUGCACCUCAAGGAGGACGGCAAGAAGUCCUGGAAGCAGCGGCUCUUCCAGCUGAGAGCCUCGGGAAUUUAUUAUGUGCCCAAAGGGAAGACCAAGUCAUCCCGUGACCUCGUGUGCUUCCUCCAGUUCGACAAUGUAAAUGUCUACUAUGGCAAAGACUUUAAGAGCAAAUACAAGGCCCCAACUGACUUCUGCUUUGUUCUGAAGCAUCCUCAGAUCCAGAAGGAGUCUCAGUACAUCAAGUACCUGUGCUGCGACGACGCUUGGGCCAUGAAUCUUUGGGUGACCGGAAUACGGAUCGCAAAGUACGGUGCGUUGUUGUAUGAAAACUAUAAAACUGCUGAGAAGAAGGCAGCUGUCACCUCUGUGUGGACGAACCGCAGCACUCCAUCAAGCUCCAAUCCAUCAACGCCCUCACCAACUGUCAAAGCCAAAUCACAGAACCAGGCAAACGGUCACGCUUCCAGUCCUCAACCCAGACCUGUCUCCAGGGACUUUGGAAAUGUCCAAUUUCCACCUCCACCCCCACCGUUAGCGGAGAUUCUCCCGCCACCACCUCCAGACCCAGUAUUCCCUCCUCCGCCGCCUCCUUCGGCUGCCAAGAGUUCCUUGAAACCUACCCUGCCCCAGCAACACCUGCCAGCCAACUUCCCUCCGCCUCCACCUGCAAUGGACAACCUCCCUCCUCCGCCAAUGCCUCCACCCAUGGAUGACUCCUCAGAGGCCCCACCGGACUUCCUUCCGCCGCCUCCUCCGGCCGCGGGCUUUGGUUCGCUGCCACCUCCUCCGCUGUCGGUGAACUCUCUGCCACCGCCGCCCCCUUGUUUCGGGGGUACGGACCAGUCUCUGCCUCCUCCACCGCCGGAUCCAGUGUUUUUACCACCUCCUCCACCUCAGCCAAUGUUCACAGGGGCUGGCGCUCCCCCUCCACCUCCACCGCCUCCCCCACCUGCUGCUCCUGCCGCCCCUAGGGCACCGCUGCAGCCCUCUGGAUCGUUGAGGAAGGCGCCUCCUGCUCCACCAAAGAGGACUACACCGUCGCUUCAAGGAGGAGGUGGAGGAGGAGAUGGUGGCGACUUCAUGUCAGAACUGAUGCGAGCCAUGCAAAAGAAACGCAGUGAUAACUAGACUGAAUUGUGAGGAGUAGUACAAUGCACUCAUCAUCACAUCCACAGCCGUACGCAGAGCUGGACGAUACGACAAAUCAAAAUCACAGUUAUUUCAAAUUUUUUUACGAUUUAUGAACGAUUAUUAUGGCGCUUAUUGGUCUCUCUUCAUAUUUGGCAAUAUGAUUUUGCCCCAAGUGAUUAAACAAAUUGGUGGUGUUACCUUUGAUCGCUAUCGAUGUUGCACUCACCACUGUCUGGUAGUCGUUACAGAUAAAACCCAAUCAGGAUGUGAGGCAGGUGUCUGCAUCAUUGUUUCCAAAAGUCUCAGUUUCUGCCCGCCCAGACUACAGCGCGAUUAACCCCCCCCGAGUUUUCAAACUAAAACAGGGCCACGUAGCAAAAUGUGGAUGUAGCCUGAGGCUCAGUGUUUGCGCUCGCGUGAUCCAUAUCACCAGCUUCACUUUGAGUCAAUGUGGACUAACGUUAGUUGGACAGGGCGGAGGCACGUGAGUGAGCACGAGGUAGAUGGCUCAUGAAUGCACGCGUUUGGACAAAGAAUUAACCGUAGACUAUAUAUAAAGAUGCACGUAGCGUCUGUUACAUUACCCAUAGGCUUCUGAAGAGCGGAUUUUUGCAGCUCACAAUGAGCUGCCCCGCCGUCGGCCUCUUGGCAGUGCCUGACUCUGCAGGGAUAAUCUGAAGAUGGGCACAGAGGUGGGGCGUGGAGACUCGCUGCAUGCUGGUUUAAUAACUAGCAAGCAUCGUUCACACAGAUGGACAUGUGGGUGUCUUUUUCGAAUGCUAACCCAAAGCUAAUUCAUUCAAAUUUCAUCAAAUCUUAAAGUUAUGCAUAAUUGAGCGCGUGGCUGCUAGAUUUUUCAUGUAAAUAUCAGACAUAUGGUGUCAUGAAGGGGGGAAAUUAGCUGUAGACACCAAAACUGUUUUGUACCAGGCUGUAAACAUGUUUAUUUCUGCUGUAAAGUUGGACAUUUUAACAUGGGAGUCUGUGGGGAUUGACUCACUUUUUGAGCCAGCCUCUCGUGGCCAUUAUAGGAACUGCAGUUUUUAACCAUUUAACCAUUACAUAACCAUGCCUGACUGGUUUUGUAGUGUUGUUGUUGUAAACUUGAGCUCACAGACAUUGGUGACUGCCACAAUUUGAUGUAAGAAAAUGUACUGCAAAUGUACUUUUUUUUUUAUGACAUGAAAAAAAUAAUAUUGUAAUCGUACUUCAGAGAGAUUUUUUUUUUAAUGAAUUGUAAAUAUAUUGCCAAGUCUGCUGGGAGAACUGUAAAUAUGAUCAAAUACUGUCCUGCAUAUUCUAGUCGCUGAAGUUUUCUAGUUACUGUACUGUUACCUGAAUAAAAUCUGUUGAAUUAGAGGGCGUUCCUCCCGUCAGUGAGUACAACCUGCUGCUAUUGGCUGUAUAGAAAUACAUGAUGUAUGACAUACAUCCAUCUAAAAGCAACAAACCUCACUGGAAAAAGUUUCAUUAUCAGUCGAUGUAACACCUCAAAGAUGCUGUUAAACUGCAUGUAAAUAGAGUGAAACAAUAUAAUACUGUAUAUGAACUUGGCUGUAUAUAAAAGCAACAGGACAGUUUCUCAAAAGCAACAUCUUUGUCUUUCUUUUGGUGUCAGAUAAGAAUUAACAAGAUGUGUGAAAGUAUUUAGCUGCCAAGAAGGCAAAGACAAUUUUAUGAGCAAAAGAUAAUCUAAUUUAUGUGUCCAAACAGCCAUGACCUUAAUGUUUGGAGCAAAUAUAUUCCAUCAGCAUGACCGGAUUAAACUAAUUUUACUACAAAAGAUCAGAUAAAUAGUAAUUUUGCUCUAUCCAGGGCUCACUCACAAAGAACAGCUGACCUUUAACCUCUGAGCUCAUAGCUGCAUAGCCCGCCCCCUCUGCAGUCUCUUGUGUAACAAAGGGAGUGGACAGGAUAUGGUGCAGCAGCUCCACCUAGUGGGAGAAAAAUGUCACAGCUUUUCACAGAGAAGCAAUGGUCACUUUUUUUUUUUACACAAUUUACCAGACCCACACCUCAAAAGUCACACUGCCACCCAGUUCCUCAGCACACAUCUAGGCUUUACAUCUGUAAGAUAUUUUACACAAUCUUCCUGUUUUUCUCAAGUUUCAAUAUCAUUACAUAACAGAACAUUUAAAAGUGAAUUCCUUAUGUGUGUAUGUAGCGAUCUUCAACAUUAAUGUGUAGCUUUAGUGGCUGGCUUUUCAUUCUGUUUUUGACAAUCCAAGUCGGGAUCAUUUUGUUAUCUGGGAGAACUUUGGUUACCAAACAUGGUCUGACAUCUUUUUGCUCACCUGCUGACCUUAGUGGAGGUACAUACUGAACCACUCAGAGAAGUGCUUGUGCAAUGAUAAGUCAUCAAAAAUCAUUAAAAACAUGCCUCCAAAUA